AUUGUGGAUGAUAAGUUUGGACGGCCCUCAACAAAACAACCCCCUUAAAAAAAGGAAGAUACGUUCCUAAACCAUUGAGAACCAACUUUUCUUUAUUUUGACCAAUAGAUUUUGUUUUCCUUUUAUCGCAACCUCUUAAAUAUAUUCUUCGUCAAUCAAAAACCCAUUUACCCAAAACGUCCUCUUUUCUUUGUUCUGCAUUUCUCCGAAACUCUGAAUAAGAAAACAUCAAUCAUCCAUCAAAUCAAAUGGGAGAAGUAGAUGAGAAACCGUCGUCCAUUGAUGUAGCUUCUCCGAGGUAUUCAUCUACCAAAGUUGCGGAUAUCGAUACAGAGCUUCACAAGAUGAAAGCUUCCCUUGAGAACGAGGUCGUUUCUUUGAAAGCCGAGUUAUUGAAGAAAGAUACGUUGAUGAAGAAUCUUGAAGCUGAGGUGGAGAAAAGUAAAGAAUUAGAGAAGCAACUUCUUGAUUCCGUUGAUGAGAAAUCAAGAGAGUUAGAGGAAACAAAAGCUUUCGUAGAAGAAUCCAAGGUAGAGAUCGCUUCUUUGAAAGAGAGGAUAGAAACAUCUUACAAUAGCCAAGAUUCUAGUGAGGACGAAGACGAAGAUGAUAGUUCUGUUCAGGAUUUUGAUAUCGAGUCAAUAAAGAUUGAGAUGGAAUCAACCAAGGAGAGUCUCGCAAAGGCUCACGAGGCUGCAGAAGCUUCCUCUUUGAGGGUGUCUGAUUUGUUAGAAGAGAUGAAAUCGAUUAAGAACGAGCUUCAAUCAGCGACUGAUGCAGAGAUGACGAGCAAGAAAGCAAUGGAUGAUUUGGCAUUGGCUUUAAAAGAGGUGGCUACUGAUUGUAGCCAAGCGAAGGAGAAGCUUGUGGUUGCGGAAACAGAGCUCGAGGCUUCGAGGUUGGAGUCUCAGCAAUGGAAAGAGAAACACGAUGAAGUUAGGAAAGAAGCGGAACUGCUCAAGAACACGAGCGAGAGACUUAGGAUUGAAGCAGAGGAAUCACUUUUGGCUUGGAAUGGGAAAGAAUCUGUGUUUGUGAGUUGCAUAAAGAGAGGAGAAGACGAGAAGAACUCACUUCUUGAUGAGAACAAUAGAUUGCUUGAAGCUCUUGUUGCUGCUGAGAAUCUGAGCAAGAAGGCUAAAGAUGAGAAUCACAAGGUUAGAGAUAUACUUAAACAAGCCAUUAACGAAGCUAAUGUAGCGAAAGAAGCAGCCGGGAUCGCCAGAGCUGAGAAUUCGAAUUUGAAAGAUGCCUUGUUGGAUAAGGAAGAUGAACUGGAAUUCGCUUUGAAGGAGAUCGAGAGGGUGAAGGUUAACGAAGCUUUGGCUAAUGACAAUGUAAAGAAGUUGAAGAAGCUGUUGUCUGAAAUAGAGGUAGCUAUGGAGGAAGAGAAACACAGAAGCCUGAGCAGACAAGAGUCGUUGCACAAGGAUGUAGAAGUUGUUGUUGAGAAGAAGAUUGAGGAGAAGGAGAAGAAGGAACAUAGCGAGAAGAAGGAAGAGAAGAAAGAGAACAAGAAGGAGAAGAGAGAGAGCAAGAAGGAGAAGAAAGAACAUAGCGAGAAAAAGGAAGAGAAGGAGAAGAAAGAGCAGACACAUCAGAACAUAGAUAAGAAGAUGAUUGGGAAAACUUGUAGUUUCAGUAUCAUGAAGCUCGGUCAUCACAACUACAACCAUAGCAAGCACAACAAAGAAACAGCACUAGUAGAGGAAGAGAUCACAAAAGCCUCAAACGGUGGGAAUCAUCAACAAGAGAACAGUGAUGGAAGUGGCGAAGGAAGCUCUCCAAGUUCAGAUUCUUACCUAUUCAAAGGUUCAAUCUUUGACGUAGCAGAGACGCCACAUGCGCAGACGCAUCACAAAAGGAGAUCAUCGUGUACGUUUUUGGAAGAAGUAGAGACGAUGAAUCCAGAGGAUCUGGAGAAUUUGGAUGGGAAUCAUUUAGAAGAAGGAGAGUUGAACGACAAAGGAGCAGUAGCAAGGAAGAAGAAGGCAUUUAUACGUAGGUUUGGUGAUCUUCUCGUUAGGAGGAAGAGCUUAAGUUUCUCACACAAGAAAGAGUCUUCCACUGAUUCACAAGAUAAGCAGCAGCAACCACAGACUCCUCCGUCUCCGUCUCCGCCACUAUUACCGCCCAUGUCUCCGGAGCCCUGAAGAGCAUUGUUUUAUUAAUAUAUACUUUUGUGAUACGCCAUUGUUGUGUUCUCUUCUACUACAUACAGCUUUUGAGGUUUGCAGGAAUUUUAUUGUGUGUACAUAGACAAAACGUUUUAAUUUUUUCUUGGUAAUAAAGAUUGUUUUGAACU